GAUAGAUAGAUAGAUAGAUUUGAGCAACAGUGCUUCCCUCUACCGUCAUCAUUUUUCGUCACGUGACCUGUGUUUACAUCCUCCUCAGCUGUUUCUUUCUUCUUCCACUUGGACACAGCGGCUCGCCGUGUCACUACUUUACCUUUCCACACAACUUGUUAGUUUGCACAGUUUAGUGCUGGUUUAGCAUCAGAAGGAGGCUGUCAACGUCUGAAAGCGGCUGUCACACUGACUGACCGACACGGUGCAACAUCUACACACGGAGAGUGAGUUAAUGCGACACGGAAUCGUGAGUAUUUUCUAAUGCUUUUGGAGUUAAUUUAAAGUUAGGCGUUUUACAACAUUGGCAGAAAUGUGAGCUUUGGUAGAUGUGAUCCGCUAAGCUAACACACUGUGGAGUGUGUGUUUGCUGUGUGUGAGCUUACCUAACCUCCUGCUUUGUCUCUGUUCAGAUGAUGGCGCACUCAGGCCCACGAAGCUAACGCUAGCUUGUUUCAUUGGCAGAUGGCGAUGUCUAACACUAGAAGCUAGCGUAAACACUUUUCUUCAAUUUGACAAUUAACAUUCAUUUCUCUGUAAGUUUGAUAAAAGGUUGUACAGUGUGCACCUCGUCUUCCGUCUUCCUGUGUCUAACGCUUUAAAGCAUCUCAGUGUACUCAUUUAUUGGGUUCUUUAGGGUCCAAAAACAUCAACAUUACGUUUGUUGUUUUGGGUAAAUCUUUCUCUACCGUUUCUAAAACCCUGCAGCGAUAUUUGAGCCCUUUAGUAUCAAACCGGUUUAUCCAGCCGCUGCUAAAGAUUGAGGUUAAUCGCACUGCAGAGAGCUGGCCAGCAACUGCGUUUUACCCGACAAGUGGGAACAAAAGCUGAAUGAUGAAUGCUCAAAAAACACACACACGGGCCUUUUUCUAUUGUUUGUCAGCAGGUGUGUGAAUACGUACAUGGUCCACCGUGUUAUAUCUCACAGCGUGGACGGGCAGGAUUGAGAAAUAGCCGUGGUUUUAUAACGCUUGACAACAUUUCAUGAAAACGCUGUUGUUGUUUUGCUCCAUCGUCACACGCAGUGCGAAGAAAGUGUCCCAGGCAGCUGAUUGGCUGACAGGAUGCCGUCUGUGUGGCAACUGUAGCACGUGACCAGAAAGAGCGCUGAUUGGCUCCGUCAGGUGUCAGUCGUGGGAAUACAGGAACAUCUGUGAACAUCGCUGCAUCUAGAUACAAGCCAGUGAGGAAGAAAUGGUAGUACACUGCAUCUGUGUGAAAUAUUAGUCCUGACUCCAAGUGCCCUCUAAAGUUUUCACUCUAAAGCUUAUUGUAGAAACUCCAUUCAAUCUAGUAAACUACAAACGAAAAAAACGUGUCAAUAUUUUGUUUAUUUGUUUUCUAUAAUAAACAAAAAAUAAAAUAUUAGUGUUUGUUUUCGUAUUUUCAGUUCAAAACAGAAUAUAUGAAAUAAUAUAAAAUGGAAACAAAAACGAAAUAAUAAAUCUACUUUUCGUUUUCGAGUUAUUGAUGGCUGUAUCAUGUGUCAAUCAAAGAAAACAUGAACCCCCUAAUAACUUUGAAAAACGGAGCUUCACAGAAAAAAAGAGGACUUGAGCACAAACUAGUCUCACUGUAACUACAUGUCAACACCGCAAGCAGAGGGAGAAAAAUUUAUAUUCUGUGUAAUAAAUUUCUAAAGUUUGUCCACAGCUCCAUAAGCUUUGCUGGCGGAGGCGGGAUUUAUGACCUAUACUGUAGCCCGUCACCAGAGGGUGCUGUUCUCUGAGUGGCUUCACCCAGAAAGGAGGCAGACACUGUCCAUUCUAUUUACAGUCUAUGAGAUGGACACGUCCUACGUAUUAUUCAAAGCAGCCAGGAGGGUCACGCUGAAGGAGGAAGAUAUGACUGUAGAAAAAAUCACAACCAGGGCUGUGUCCGAAAUGGAUCCCUAAUCCCUAUAUAGGCGACUAUAUGGGGGUAAGUGCCAUUUUGAGGGGUAUCUGAAACCUGAGUGAUCAAUUCCAAUGCCCCAUAUAGGCCACUCAAAAUUUCCCAUAGAGCAAUGUAGUGACCAUCCGAUAGUCACUCACCAAUGGUGGGCAUCCCCUCGUGCAUUGCGUCAUGCCAUGUAGUGUCCCCUUUAAAAACACUACCGAAAAUAGCACCUAACACGGAGUUUAAUUUAACAGGAAGCCAUGGGAGAUGUAAUAAACAAUUCAAUCAUUUGCUUAUCUGUUAUUGAAUUCAAUGGUCAUUUUUAUCCUCUUUUAAUUUGUGCUAAUCUUAAAACAGUAGGUUUCAAAUCAAAUCCCCAAAAGUCGUUUUGCAUUAACUUACUGCCAUUGAGAUGUUAAAAGAGGUAAACAACCUCUACCUGCUGCUCCUUUUUCAGGAAAUUCCAUAAUUACUGAAACUGUUAAAAAAAUAUGUUGUCAAUUCAGUCAUACACAAACUAAUUCUCCUUUGUGUUGAUGAAGUAUUGAUUUACAAUAGUUCCAUUUCCCCUUUCUUUGAGCCAUAUAUUUAUUUUAAAAAAAUUGCAACCAAAUAUUAUCACACUGAUUGUUUUUUUCCCCCAUUUGAACUACAGAAAAAAGAAGUACACCAUCACAGAAGAAAAAAUUGAACUAUUCUCAAUCAUCUGGAUCGUAGAGGAUCUUAAAGGCUAGGACUGCAGCCAACAAUUACUGAAUAGUUUACUGGUCAUUUUCUCAAGUAAUAGUUAUGUCGAUAAAAUGAAGGGAAAAAUAGUCAAACAAUAAUUUCUUGGGCCUCAAGGUGGCAUCUUGUGAUGUGUUGUUCUGUUCUGCCAUCUUUACAGACUCACUCAUUUAUUAUCAUAAAUUCAAAGACAAAUGGUAAAAUCUUUUUUGAUAUUUAUGUAUAGGAGCUGAACCCCACACACAUAUUAGGAUUUCUGCAUAGAGAGACAUUUAAUCUCCAGUCAGUCUCCUAACCAAAUCCACUGCAGUAAGCUGCAUCUCUAGUUGAAAGCACUCUGCUAAAACAAAAGAGUGACAACAAUUAACGUUUGAAGUCUAUGGUACUGCUGGCAACCCUGUGAUUAUUUUCCACUUUCUACCCAUCAGAAAAACAAAGUUCUUGCUGGUUCAUCUUGGUGCCACAAAUUAAGUCAAAAGCAGAUUAUGUGAGCCAAACACUCAUCAUUAAUAGCAGUGCUGCAUGACCUCUUUUUUAUUAUGCAAAAACAAGAGGUGACAAACAGAGGAGAUAAUAAAAAGAAACUACCAAAGUUUUGAUUUUCUUUCUUCACACAAACAUGCUCACAUUGAGUCAUUUCUUGUUUUGAGCUUCCACAGCCACAUCCCUUGGCUGUUUUGCUUAAUUAACGCAGAGUCCAGUCAAACUUGCAUGAAUACAGAAAGAGGCGACUUCAUUAAAUUGGAUGAUCCUGAUAUUCAGCCUGGGGAUGGAGUCAGAGAGGGUAGCCAUAUUGUUUUGCAAAUCAAAAGAGUUAAUUUAACUCACUGUUGAGCAGUGGCGAUUUUGGUCUGGAAAUUCUGGUGGGGCCAUGAAGGAAUAUCUCAUAAUGCAAUCCAGAAAUAUCAGAUAUUACUCUCUUACCCUCACAACAAAAGCACAGCAGCAAGUGAGGUAAAGGACCACAGCACAAACAAUGGCAGUCUAGCGACACAUAUUAUCACACCAAUAUCGCCACCAAAUGUCAGUGUUUAAGACCACACAAUAUCAAAUACUCAUGAUCGAAACAACGUGACAAGACCAUGGCGUGAACGGCGCACACCCAAUACACAGCAGUCAAUAUACAAAGCCACCAAACACAGUAUACCACAGCCAAACAACCAUUUUAGCACCAAAAACAGGUGAACAGCUCCAAUGUGAGGUUGUAUCCACCACACACAACAUAUAAACUACAUUUUAAAUUCCACUCACCGAUGUAGACCACUUUUUGAGGAGGAAUGACGCUCUGCGGUCCUUCAUGUGCGCAAUCUUCUCCGUGACCCGUAGUAAUCCAAUCCAUGAAUGAAAAAUGUGAUUUGCUAUGUUGUGCUAAUACGGUAGCCGAGCUAGCGAGACCUGCGCGCCUGUGUUUCUUCUAAUCAGCCAAUUAGAAGCGCUCUAGGGCCCCGAACUUCGGGCCCGAUUGCCGACAUUUAAGUAUGCGCUGCGCACGCGCAUACCUGCGCAGCCGUUCGCCAUCUCAACCGUGCCCUACUGAGCGGAAACAGAGGCACAAUGAACUUUUAGGAAAUGUACGGUGGCCAAAAACCGCCACUGCUGCAAAUAAAAAAGAAUGCAAAAAAAAAAAGAGAAGAAAACGGAGCUGCAAAAAAAAAAAAAAGAAACGGUAAAGAUUAAAAAAAAGCCACAACAGAAGUUAACAACAUAAAAAAAGUGGUUAUAGAUAAAAAUAAAAAAAGUUAGUUAAUGCGAAGAUAAAAGGAUGCAAAUUAAAAAAAGCCACAACGGAAGUGAGCUGCCAGGGACCAAUAAUGAUGAUGCGUCGGUGUUUCACGAUCUAGGCACAGAAGACAACAGCGAAAAGACGAGCAAAGAAGUUAGUGGAAAGGUUAUUGUUUAAUUUUGUGUACUUUUCAAUGUGUCAUUUGAUUAGGCCAUGUAGCGCCCGAGUCAAUACGAAGUUGAACUGAAGCUAACACUACCAGGGCAUCCUUACGUUCAACUUUAUAUCGACUCAGACGCUACAUGGCCUAAUCAAAUGACCAAGAAAAGCACACAAAGUUAAAUUAAACAAUAACCUUUCCACUUACUUAUUUGCCCUUUUGUUUGUUUGUUUGUUCGUUUGUUUGUUUGUUUUCAUCAGUAACUUCAGUUGUGACUUCUUUUUUUUGCAUUCUUUUUUAUUCGCAGCAGUGGCGGGUCUUGGCCACCGCAGCACACAACGACACAACAGGGAGUAGGGAAACUGCAGACAUCUCAGUGUGGACAAAUUUGAAUUUUUUAUUAACUUAUGCUCAACGACAUAUUUGACUCAGGAAAACUUAAUUAAAAAAGCUUAAAGGCUAAUCCUCUCCUACACAGCAGCGCUCUCUGGUGGCCCCUCGUGCAAAGACGCCAUUGCUGCUGAGCAUGUAAUGAGCAGAGGUUUGUAUGCGGCCUGUCAUGUUCUGAAACUGUGACCAACAUUAUCCCAAAUUGUCUAGCUGUGGGUGGACAGCAGUGAAACAACAAACCACAAUUGUUUAGUUCCUCGGAAGGGUUUUUUAGUUGGUUGUAAAUUUAAUUAUGACAUCUCUUUACAGUCAACAAAAGCAAACCAGGACAUCAGCAACAAAAUGUAAUAUUUCUAUACAGUUAUAUCUAAAGCUCGAAACUGAUGCUGCAGGGUAAGUUUUUGAAUAGCUUAGGAUCAUGAUGGAAAAGGAACCAAAUUUCCCCUCCUGGAAUCAAUACAGUCUUGUCUUAUCUUAAACUCAUCCUCUGUUGGGAACAUUAAUGUGCUCCAAGCAGCAAUCUGCCCUCAUAGAGUAUGUAUUGAGAGAUAACACAUUGGGAAAACACUAGUGGAGGGUGUAGGAAGUCAUUUUCAUCUAAAGGGUGUAUCCUCCAUGAUCUAAAUCAUAUUUUAUGUCACUUUCAGAUCUUGAGGUGUGUUAUGUAACACCCAACAACUCAGGGUAACAAGAAGUGCCAAAAACGGUCAUAUGGUGACCAAAAUUAUUAUGAUUUAUAGUCCGCGGGCCAUGGAUGGUCACAGCAGAUUUAACACAAGUGGGUCAUUAGUUCUUUAGGUUUCUCACUGUGAAAUAAAGUGUUGAACAAGGGACCUGCUGGUGGCAGUACAUUAGGACUCAUCAAAUUCAUGAGGACCAACAGACCGUCCAACCAACCAACCAGCCAACCUCCCCUGAGACAGACCAUUAGUGAAGCUACAUACUGUAUGUACAAGUAUAAUAGAAAAGCUGAAUAUCUAUAGUGUUCAGGUUUUCUUUUACAGUGUUCAGUUUCGCUCGCUGUGGUGAGAAAAAGGUUUACCCAGAUAUAUAUGACUAAUCUAAGAUGUUUCAUUUAGUGCUGGAUCUUUGGAAUAAUUUUGAUAUGGGAUUAAGCCAUCAUAGUAUAGUACAGUACAGUAUAUUACAGUAUAGUAUGUAGACAGUCCAGAGGCUGCUUUCUCAAACACAAAACUUAAUGACUAAUAAAAACCAGGAAAUCAAACAUUAUGAUUUGCCACACACUACAGCAGACAGUACAGAGAGUACUGUAAACUAAGACCUCUAUUCAACCUGCUAUUUUAGAGCAUACCAGCACAUACGUAUUAAUAACACAUUCAACAUCACAGAGAAAACGUUAGCAUAAUUUUUUCCCACAAAGGCAGAUCUCAUUAAUUACACCUUCUCAAGCCUUUAAUCUGCUAUCUUACCCUCCGCUGUGAACAUGCUCACAUUUUUGCUGCAGUGAAUCUGGGACAAAACAGUCACAUGUCUGCCUUAAGAAAUGUGAAUUCACUUGCAGAAGUUGUGUAUUCAGGAGUGGUAAUAAAUAAAUAUGGAAAUUGUUCAUCAGAAAUAUAUAUUUCAUAGCUAUUGUUGCCCAAGGUAGAACCCAUUACGAAUUAAAAAAGCUGUCAUCUGUCAAAACAACAUCACAUACUAAUUCUGUUUUCUCUUGGUAGUUAAAUGAGAAACUUGUGAAUUGAAAGAUUUAUUAAGAGAUUUAUUUGCUAUUUCCUACUGAUAUGAUUCUAAAUCGCGGGUGUGUUGCCGUGGCGGUAUGGAUCGAAUUACCCUUACUUACAGGACUGAAAGUCAGGUGCUAAUUCACACUGUAAAUGCAGUUGACGGCGAUGAUUAUCAGCUUGCCCCACACUGUGUUGAAAAGCUGUGUGUAUGUAUAUGUCUUUGUUUGCUGCCUGGUAAGGCCCCCUGGUAUGGAGUUACAGCACUGGACUUAAGCUUGGGUUACAUGUUUCGUCAUCUGGAAGUGUUCAGACAGUUGUCCCUAACCGGGUCAUGGCAGCCUGGCAUGACCUCAGAUGUCGUUGCUCUUUUUAUACCCAUACAGGGUCAACCAGGGCCAUGCUGUGUGUUUUUGAGGCUGAUUCUCUAGGUCUAGUUUCAGCAUAGCAGUACAUUUACUCACCUACUAAAAAAGUGGAUCAAAGUAUGAAGUAUGAACCUACAACUAUGUUUCUUUUAGCCUUCGAUUAAUAUAUUCUAUUUCAAAUUUGAUUGUUUUGAUGUUUGUAGGGAAGAAGUUUGCACCAUGACUGCUUUAACAAACACAAAGGAAAUGAUAUUUAUCAGGACACGACCUGCAUGUUUUAUACCCAAAAGCCAAAAUUUGCACUGUUAACAGUUUUCAGGCUGGCUUCAUUUUGGCAAAACGUGUUUUUUUCCCAUCUAUUAUUCAUUUUCUUACAGCUGCAGUAGUUUAAAAAGCAAGACCAGCAAAAUGUUUCAGUUGAUACUUCAACAAAUGUGUUUUUAACAUUUUUUCAGGCCACAAAGCCUAAUGCUCCUGAAAACAAAACUUUUAUUUGAGAGACUGACUCGUGUGUCAUUUAUUUACAUUGUGUUUUGGAAAUAACAGCAACUGUAAAAGCCCACUAGAGACCAGUAUGAGAUAUCAGAAUGAGCUUUAUCUGUAAGGUAUGCAGACAUAUAGAGGAGCUACAUUUACACAGAUUAAAAAUGGAAAACAAGCUUUACAAAGCAGCAUAUACAUUAAACUACAACGAUUAAGCCUAAGGAUAUAAAGGAUAUAAAUAAACAGUGACUCAAAGAUUAAGAUGAAGUCGUGCAUCAUCAAAUAAAAAUCAAAUACAGAAUCAAACGACCUCCAGUGGGGAGAUAAAAAUAUUGUCUCCAUGCUCCUGAAUGAUGACCCCUAUUCAAGUCUCUAUCAUUACAGCAGUCUGCCUCUGGAAAACCUCUCCUGACCCAUUUUACUAGAUUUUUAUUUCAACUGCAUGCAACUCAAAGGACGAUGCAUUACAGAGACGACAGUGGGGGAAAAAUAGGAUGAGAAUUACACUGCCGCACAAUCAGGGAUGGUGAAGGAAUCAAUGAUUCUUUUUAUGCAUUUGAGGGAAAAAGCCGAUGGAAAAUUACCUUUCUGGGCCUCCUACUACAAAGUCACCCCUGAAUGUAAUCUUUAUUAGCUGAGUCAGAUGUGGAGAUGCUGAAGAGGCGCUGAGGGAAUUCAAGAUUUGACUCCCUUGGCUGCUUCUCCUGCAAUACCCAUUCACACAGUGCCAGUGUGAGGUGUUUUAGUUAUCAAAGCAUCUGUGAAAUGUGUUAAGGCCUGAAAGUGUCGGGAAGUUCUUCUUUAUUGCUCCACGGUGGCACUUAAGAGAAAAGUAUUUAAUGGUAAAGCUGAGUAUUCAGAGAGAAAGCAAAGGUCAAAGCAGCAGAGAUCAGUGCAUGUUUUAAUUGACCUCUUCCAUUAACCUCCCCUGGCUGUGGUUUCAACCUUUUUGGCUCCUGUGGCCUUAAGCUGAUGGGGAGGAGCAGCUUGUGACCCUAAAUAACACCUUAAAGCCUUUGUGUCAAGCUAAGGUGUGAGCAGUUUAACAAAAAAAGUCAGACUCAGACUCUUCCUUUCCUUAAGAGACUUUGACAAUAGUAAAGCCAGUUGGAAGAAAACAAAUCUGCAACAACCUUGAGCAUCAAUUUAUAAUUCCAAAAAAUACCAAACAAUUGAAACGUUUAAGUGUGGAUAUGAGUAUUUGCUGUUUGCUCUUAAAGAAACUGAAUAUGUUCAAGCUCAAGUAGACAAAAUGUAACUUUCAUGAAAGGGUGCGCUCUCGUAUGGUGUAUUAGACAUUUGUAAUGGCAUUUUAAAUGAUCCAUCAGUCAAGAUAAGACCAACAGUAUGUGAAAUGUAACUAACAGUUAUUUGCAGCUCUAUUGGGGACAUUUAUAGAUAUAAAUUAGAGGGAAAAUACUCAGAACCUGACAUGACAAAACGGCAAAUAUAAAAGAAAAGUCUGAUUUUGAACCUUAAACAGUGCUUGACCAUAUCAGACGCCUUAGAACUACAAACAUUAACAUUUAAGAAGUUGGACGCGUGAAAUGAUCCUUCAUAUUUCUGUUUGCUGUGGAUUAAUUGUCUGUCCACUGACUUAAUCAAUGAACUUUUCCAUUCGGCUCUGAACACAUUAAACAUCCUGUGCAGGACAGCGCACAUUUGGGACAUUUGUCACUGUUAGGUCCACAGUGAAACAGUCUCCAUACUUCAUUGUGUUUGACCUCUAAAAUAUGAGGGAUAGAGAGCUCCUCCACAGCAGACGGUUUGUGAUGUGUUAGCAGGACAAUCAAAGGUGUAACAAAUGACUGCAGCGAUGGCUGUGAUCCAUUAAGCUCGUGAGCCUGUGUGUGUUGUACCAAGGCUAUUACACAUAAAAUGAAAUAAACGAGUGUAGCCGUCAUGAUGGUUAUUAAUUAUGACUGUGCUCUUACUGCGAAAUGUCAAAACAGUGUCCUGAAAAAGAUCUUUAAACAGUAAGUAAAGACAAACAACCAACAUAGAGGAAGUACGUUUGUGUUCAUGCAAAACAGUCAUUUUUAAUUUGCCUUUAUGAGGCCGUAAAUUGAAUAAUCAAAUUUCACUGGCUUAAUUUUCAAUCAACUAUUUUAAUGAAUAUAUUGUUUAAUAAUUUUAAGAUAAAUUCUGCAGCAGCGUCUCAUUGAGUUCUUAAAACGGCUUAAAAACAAACAUUAGGAUCCUGAAGGGAUUACAGGAAAUCGGAUAUCUCUUCUAUACCGGGAUAGUUCAUUAUUCUCCAGUUUUUCUCUCUCUCUGACUUGUUAAUUUUUCAUGAAGAGACAAUACAGUAGGGGUUAGGGAUAUAUAAAUCUCUGCUUUUAUUAGCGUAUUAAUCUGCUCACUGUAAACUCGUACAGACACACUGUUAAAAUGUUGUUCUUAAUUUCUCCAGAUUACCCUCUGUUUGGACAUGACCGCUGAUUGAGCAGACACUUGAGGAGUUACAGCACCCUUCAGCCACCCGUUCAUCUCCAUGCCACUCUGAGGAGGAAGAGGAAUCACUCACUCUGAGUAAGAGCUCUACCCUUGUGUUUGUCUUCUCUUUUCGCCAUGGGGGGAGCCGUGAGCGCCGGGGAGGACAAUGACGACCUCAUUGAUAAUCUGAAAGAGGCUCAGUAUAUCCGCACAGAGAAAGUCGAGCAGGCUUUCCGAGCCAUAGACCGGGGCGAUUACUACCUGGAUGGCUACCGGGACAGUGCCUACAAAGACUUAGCGUGGAAGCACGGCAACAUACAUCUGUCCGCUCCGUGCAUAUACUCGGAGGUGAUGGAGGCCCUCAAACUGCAGCCAGGACUUUCUUUCCUCAAUCUGGGCAGUGGAACCGGCUACCUGAGCACAAUGGUUGGUCUUAUCAUAGGUAAGCUCAUUGUAAACUCUGGGAAAGUCUUGUUUUUGGCAAGAGGGUUGUGAACCGAUUCCCUGUUAAAUUAAGAAAAACAACUUUAAAGAAUUCAGAACAAACAAUCCAAACAAAAACAUUUUUUCUCUCUUGUUCUGACUAAUCGGCAGAGAAUUCCCUGUUUUACCAGAUAAUUUCACUCUAAUAAUAUUAGAAAAUGAUCUAAAGGUCUAUUAGUGUGUCUGGUCUGAACAAGUACAGUGCUCUAAAACAUUAACGGUUACAUUUAAAAGAGAAAUUCAAUGACUGGUUAUUCUAGCUCUGUGUUAUUUCAUAAAAUUGAGAAAUGAAAAUGAUGUUUUUUCCCCCCAAGGGCCUUUUGGUGUGAAUCAUGGAGUUGAGCUCCAUAAAGACGUGGUUGAAUAUGCCAGAGAGAAGCUGGAUGAUUUCAUCAAGAAUAGUGAAAGCUUUGAUAAGUAAGUAUAUGCCUUGAAGCUAGGGUACAUUUUGUGAAAUAUACAGAUUUUAUGUCUUGUUUGGAGUUGAACUUGUCUUACCUUUGCAUGGAGAGUAUAAAGUGACAGUACCUGCCCUCAUAUACCUGUGCCAAAUAAAUGUUAUUCUGUAAAAGUAUGAGUAAUAGCUACUUUGAUUAACUUUUACACUUUUCAGUCCUUAUUUGCUUUAAAGUAAUAUCUAACUUUGUAUCAGAUAAUCUCUCUUUUUAGCAAGAAAACAAAGCUUUCUCCUCUUAAAUACUCCUUUAAAUCUGAAUGUGCUGGAACCACAUCAACACAAACAUCUCUUCCCGUAUUUUCAUGUCUUGUACCAAUAACACUAUUCAUUAUAUUUUCACAGGUUUGAGUUCUGUGAACCGGUCUUUGUGGUCGGGAAUUGCCUUGAAAUCUCAACAGAUAGUCACCAAUACGAUCGCAUUUAUUGCGGCGCAGGAGUGCAGAAAGACCACGAAAAUUACAUGAAAGUGCUGCUCAAAAUUGGAGGCAUUCUGGUGAUGCCCAUAGAGGAUCAGGUAAGUGCUCCAAGCUGCCAGAGAGAUACAAACAAACACAUCUUGAUUGCGAUUCAAAAUGCUAACACAUGAGGGAAAACAAGGUAGAAUAGCUUUGACCUACAAGACGAGUUAUGCAACUUUCACAUGCAUUAUUGAGCCACGACUGGCCCUGGAUUUGAACAUCAGACACUGGACCGUAUAAAUGAAUGUUUUAUUCAAAAUGGUAGAUUUGUGAGUGUGGACUUGCUGGUAGGCAUGUAAGAGGGCAUUUAAAUUAUUCUGAGAAGUUGGUGGUUAAAAAAAGGGUCAGGAGGAGCCUUAACUAGCAACAGGGGUAAGGAUCUUGACAGUUAAUUAAGCAGCAUACUUAUAGAGAAGUCUUCAAAGCGCUGUAAACUUAAAGUAUGUGAUAUGUGCUUUGAAUAUUUUUCCUUUGUUUUCUGCAUACGCCAUAAAAUACGGCCAGAGCUAAGCUGCAUGUCUACAUGUAGCGCAUUAACAUGAUGUGUUGGUAGAGAAAAUGCAGGAUAAAUAAGUUCUUCUAGGCUUCCUAGAAGACAGUGGAAGCCAUUACUAAGAACAAACAGUCUGUAAACUGAUGACUCAUGAUGAAGAAAGUAAUCAAAUAUGAUUUUUAUCCUGCAGUAGCUCUUGUACAAAAAAACAUAAAAGUGCGCCAGCCCAUAUAAACACUAAUGUAAUGACUUUCCAAACCCACAUCUCUUUUUCUAUUUGUUGUGGCCUUUUAUCAUCAACAAGACUGUCUUCAAGCAAACAUCACAAACAAAAACAGGGUUUUAAAAGUGACUCCCCAGAGUGGACACACAUGAAACAGCACAUUGUUUGUAAGGAGUGAGAGAGGGUUUUGAAUCUGCGGACCCUCACUGUGUUAGUUGGGCAUCCUCAAAGACACGGCUCAGCACAAACAUGAAGAUGCAACAUGAAGAAAUAGCCUCUGUCAUUGUUGUUGAAGAUAGUAUAACAUUCACUCCUGAUCUAAAUCUACAUAUACGAGCAUUGUCCUCUCUUGAACUUUGUUUAAGAGGCCAAAACUGUUUUUAUUUCAUUACUUGUAACAUAAUGAACAUAUUGCACGUAUAACAAGAUGAGUGCUUUUCCUCAUUAUCUUUUUUUUCCUCUAACUGAAGUUAACACAAGAUCCUUGGGCUCUAAUGAAAAAGAUAAUCACUCAUUGAGGAACUGCUCUUAAACCCAAACAGUAUAGCCACCUUCAGCGAACCCAGAUUCAUUUUAUGCGAGCUCCAGCUAUCGACAAUGCUGUAACUAUCUAUCCCACCACGUGGCCUCUAAUGGCUCCCACAUUGACCAUGGAAGUAGACAGGUUGUCAACAGGGUUAUCAAGAGGGUGCCUGCCUUCAGUGGUGUUCUGUCAAGUUACGGCACCGACGGGAGGCUCAGCAUUUAGCACCAGCAACAUCCCGUAAUUAUCCUCUGUAGCAGCUCUCAGUACCAAUCAUAUCCAGAGAGAGGGAGAGAGGCAGUCUAAACACAGAUAAAAGUGGACAGGGGAGGCAGAGCCAGGGCGAGAAAUUUGUUUAGGACCUGCUUGGUUGGGCUGUACACUCUACUUCCUCAACUCCUCCAUAUCUUUAUGAGGGGAGAGCAGAGAGAAGAUGAAGAAAAACACAGACAGAAGUCUUUAUAGAGAUGUUAGAGAGGACAAAUGAUAAACAUGAUCAAGUUGAAUCACCAAGAACGCCCAUUAAUACAACAUGUGCACUUCUUCACCCUCCUACAGGGAACCUUUGAUGACCACUUUUACAAAACAAAAAUGUGUCUGUUAGAUUCUGCUAAAUGCUGUUUAAUACUACAUGCAGUACUUUAACUUUCUUUUUGCCUCCAUUUGGCAUUUAUAACACAGAAAAAUUGUCAUGAUAGGGGUGCAGCUGGCCUGGCAGUCUACGUCCGCGCCUCACUGUUGUGCCUCAGGCACUUGGCCAGGGUUUGCUUCUGACCUGUGGCUCCUUUUCCCCGUGUCACUUCCCACUUUCUCAUCACUUGUCCUUCACUGCCCACUGUCCCAUCCUCUCCAAACAAAGAAAAGCCCCAAAAUAAAUCUUAAAAAUUGUGUUUAUGCCUUUAUGAUCCCACUCUAUCAUCAUGUUCAAGCAAUUGGACCCCUUGACAAACAGAAAAGCACUUAUCCAGGUAUUGAAGUAAGCCUUGGUUAGCCUGUAGCGGUCACAAUUCUUAAUCAAAAUCCAACUUUAGAUAAUAAAACAUAUAAAUGAAAACAUCUAGUUUGUGGUGAUAUUUAGAGGGAAAAUACAGCCAUCACAUGGAGACCCUGUGCUGUGACAGCGAGUAUUAUCCUGUUGAAUGAAAUUCAUUAGUGAUGUUACAAACGCACUCACCGUAUAUAUUUGGCCUCAAGCUGCACACAGUAUCUACUCAGAUUAAUGGACCUGCUGUGUGCCACUUGAAUGACCCCGGGACCAUUAACCCUGCCUCUAACAUGAUUUAUAUGCCUUAUGCUAACAUGCGUGACAAGUCAUCAGCCUCACGUGGUUUAAUUGUAUUUUGAUGACUGUCAUACUAUGGAAGCAUAAUUACUUGUUAUGGCUGGAGCGCAUAGAUACCAUGCUUAUCCUGAGGGCCAUUUGUGAUAUAAGUGACUCUUCACACCAGCAGAUAUGUAGAUAAUGUGUCUUGUAGGGAUGUUUUAAUGCAUUGCAUACAACAACUGCAAUAACUGGUUAAAUAAUUAAAGGGCCAAUUGACAAAAUUAAUUGCCUGAUCUGUUUAUAAUUAAAUCAUCCUUAUGGGCAAAUAUAAUUGCCCCAGCUUCUGUUAUGUUAAGGCUGAUAAGUUUUCUAUUACCCUGAUCAAAGUGAACCAAAAGUGUAAAGUUUGAGACAGUUAAAACAAACAUGUAACAGCGUUUUUCACCGUUUCUUUAUGCUGUUGCCCCAAAAACAGACAAAAAAACUCAGAUUAUUCAAUUGUAAAAUAAUCAUGAGUCAUAACAGCUCUUUUCUGUCAGAAAGACAUUUGCUGUACUAUCAAUUCAAUGGCAAAUGUUCCUUUUCACAUAACUAUUUCUAAUCGAGCAAUUCAAAUGUAGAUAUUAAAAUUAUAAGUGGCAUUAUUAGAUUUUCUUUAUUAUGCUUGAUAAAGGAUUUUAACGACUCUGACUUCCAUGUCUCUUUUGCACACUGAGCUGCUGGCAGUAAUUUAUUCAACAUAGAAAAGCAAGUGUGGAAAAGAGCUAAUUUUUUAUGCACCUGUUUGAUAUAGUAGCGUACGUAUGCAAAUGUGAAGCAUGGCCUAUUUCUCCUCCUGGGUUUGUAUGUCUGUAGGGUACACAGUGAAUGUACAUCUGCCAACUUUAAUGAACACCUGGAAUAUCAAGUAAAAUCAUCAAAGGGGGGAAUGUCUUGCUAUGAGCGAGCAAAUAGGCUGUUAAAACAGGAGUUAUGGUACUAGAGAGCGUGAGUGAAUCAAACAGGGAGACAUGUACCAAAGAGAAACAUCUCUGCUCUCAUGACAAAUGCCAAAAAAAAGAAAACUAAAGAAAAUACACACAGUCAAGAUUCAAGUUCACCAAGAAAUAUAUAAAAAAUAACACAAUUAAAUAAUAUAUUUCAAACUGUGCUGUUUUAAACCCUCAGAGUUUGCUCCCUGAUGUUACACAGCAUUUCAUAUUCAUGAGGGUUCAGUGCUGAGUUCAGGUUUUGUCUCUUUAUGCAGCUGACCCAGAUAACCAGGACUGGCCAGUGCACAUGGGAGAGCAAAAACAUCUUGGCGGUGUCCUUUGCCCCUUUGGUCCAGCAGAGCAGAGCUGAUGGAGAGAAGCCUGACACUGUGCAGCUGCGUAAGUUUCCAGCCUCUGUCCUGGGCGCAGAAGAGGAGCUCUGUUAUGUUUUAUUAUGUCAGUGGGUCUGCCAGGAUAAAGUGGGCAGUGUUUUACAGCCAGAUAGUAAAUUUAAACUGAAGUGAUGGGAUGUUUCCUAUAGCAGUACUCACUCUAAUAGAAGGAGCUCGUCUUGCAGCUGCUCCAUUGAACCCUAUCUUUUGUUUCCAUGAAAAACUGAGACCCAGUUUCCUCUUGGACGGCCUCACUUGUUUAUGCUGACCUAGUUGAAGGAGCGAUGCAGUCGUAUAGAUUAUUCUUAUUCUUGUUGCGCAUCGCCCUGAAGGUCCGUGUCAUCUCUCUUUGUCCUCAGCACCGGUGACUGUCCGCAGCCUCCAGGAUCUGUCUCGCAUCUACAUCCGCCGCACGCUCAGGAACCUGGCCAACGAGGACAGUCAGGGGAAGGGGACGGUGCAGCGAGUUCCCCAGAAGCGCAAACGCAGGCGCUGCAGGCGGAGACGCAUCAACACCUAUGUUUUCGUAGGUAAUCAGCUGAUCCCCCAAACAGUGGAGAGCGAGGAGGAGGAGCACAACGAGGAAGAGCACAAGGAAGUGGAAGAGGAAGAGGAAAGAGACAUUGGUGACAUUGAAAUCCUCAAGCAAGUGAACAUAUUGAGAGACCAAAUAAUGGCUCUGCCGCUGCCUGAGUCACUGAAAGCAUAUUUGCUGUAUUACAGAGAGAAAUGACUGAUUCAUUUGAUAUUCACUCUUAAUGGGUGCAGCGCCUGCCUGCUGAAAUGUUUUUUUGUUUUUUUUUCCACUCUUUUCAGUACAAAUGUAGCAUUAUUUCCAUUAAAUCUUGAUGGCAAAACUACAACGGAACGAGACGUCAUAGAUAAUAUUGGAUAAUAAUGUUAUGAUUGUCACAAGUUGCUAGAUUUUGUUGACUUUUUUCUUUGAUUUGUAUAUCAAAAACAAACAAAAAAAAAACCUUGUAAAAAGUAUUCUUUACAGACAUAGUUUGAAAAUUCAGUUUUGAGAUUCAGAUUUUAUCCCAAUGUCAAUUUCUGCAGAAGUGUGCAGAUUAAAAAUUGUAUAAAAAAAACAAAGUUCUUACUAUAUUUGUUAAAAUAUGAUCAUGCUAAGAUGAAGACUUUUAUUGCAGCUUUUUUAGAAGCUUUAACUCACUCUCAGUGUCUGUGGAUUCACUGAUGCUGGAAGGAGCGAAAGACACAGAGAGGAAAAGUAGGACAAAUCCUCCCAUCUUGGGUUUCAGAGUAAGAUGUUCUCGCAUAAUCAUGAACGGGACACUUAGGUCAUCAUUACUCCUCUUGAUAUUUCACUUUCAGUCAAAAUGUUUUGUACCUUCCUAUGAUAAGAAAUCAUUAAGAGACCCGAGAGGUUCAUCAUUUUUUCUACAGGGCACCUUUUAAUAUAACUUUUUUCUACAGGGUGCUGACAUAUUGUGUUUUCUCACUUUACAUAUGACUAGCUGACAUCCUUCUUGGUAUGAUACGGUGUUGUAUGACCUCUCCUCUUUCUGGUGUCAAUGCAAAAUUGUAUAAUAGUUCAGUGAAUAAUGCCAGAGGUUCAAAGUAACAGUAUGUUAUUGCGAGUUUUUUUUCAUCAGAGUGGGGUUCUGGCAAAGAGGAGAUGUAAGUCAAUAAUGAGUUCAUGCAUGAAUAUACUGUAUAUGUGUUGGGUGUUCCUGACUUUGCUUCACUUCUUAUGAUUGGUCACUGGUGGUGAUGUCCCAGGUGAUCAAGUUUGAAAAAAAGGAUGUAAAGAAUAUUAAUCAAUUUGAUGGCCUUGUGACGGAUCUCCAAAUUUGUAUAGUACGACAUUUUUUAUUCUAUUCGAUAACAAUGCAAACUAGAGUCUCUGAGGAUUUAAAGCCUUUUUUUUUGUAUCUGGACUGGACGAGCGUUCAACAAAGCACCUUAUCCUGCAGUCCUCAAGAGAGAGAAAAAAACAAAGGUGCCGUUUUGGCCACGUUUUUAUUACGGACUGGACUCCUUGUAAUGUACAUCCUGUUAAAUCAAAGUACAAUUUGCCUGCAGAACUUUCCUGAUAGUGAUGGCCUUAAAGUGCCGACAGACCCCAUCACAUUAGGACGUCUGUGAGUUGUCUGGCACAGUAAAUUUACCCCCUUUCCCCCUCAUCUCCAAAAAAUGGUGUAUCAAAAAGUUAAAAAAAAAAAAAAAAAAAAAAAAGAAGAGAUGAAAACAUUCCACAGUGGAAAAAAAUAGCACAUCACUGAUAGAUGUCACCGGUUUUCCUCAUGCUUUACUGUCACGGACUUGGAAAUAUCCUUCAUCUUACUUUGAAUGCAUAUUUUAGUAUUCCAAAAGCUGAGUUGAAUGUUGUUAAUAUUAAUUCUAUUCAAUAUUAAAGUGAUUAUAUAGAUGUAUUGUUAUCAUAUGAUUCUGCAUACUGUUUAAGUUGCAUUUGGUUUGUUGUAGCGCCCUCUUGCUGUACUGUAUUUUGACACUGGGAACUCUGUAGAUCAAUUCUCCACUGCUGUCUGUUUAAUAGGUAAGACAUUUUAGUGCAUUAUGUUCUGGUGUAAUGAAAAAUAUUUUGUUUGGAAACGGGGGUGAUUAUACUUUUAGUAAUUUUGUGUGUGAAUACGUUUACUUUUUUCGUUUUUUUUGUUUUUUUUUACAUUCAUCGAAAAAGCUUUCCAAGUUAGCAAUAAUGGAACGAUUUCUCAUCCUACAAUUACCCAUAAGAAAAUAGUCCCAUUGAAUUUGCGUUAAGUCCCAUUUAAACAAUAAGAGGCAUGCAACCUUUUAUACACCAUUCUCUAAAAUGUGAUAGAUAAUUAGAGAGCGUAUAAAGUAAUGGAAGCAAGGGGCCUACCACCUCGACUCUCAGGUCACGCCUUGCACCAAAGCUAAUUGGACUGCUGUGAUUACGUUUUAAUGUGCACGACAGUAGUUGACUACAAAAAUGGCUCCUGGGACAGACCAAGUGAUGACCAAUUCUCCGCUCUUCUAUUAACUUAAUUCGUGAAGAGCUCAAACAGUCCUGUCACUGUUUAUCAGGCCUAUAGGUUGAUUUCCCAUAGAGUGUGCAGUUCAUUUUGAAAAUGUGUUGUUCCUGCGUAAAUGUUUGGCACAAAAAUAAAGGUCACAAUCACAUUAUGCCUCUUCUUAUCAUUGUAA